CGGGACGGAAGUGGCCCAUUCAAUUUACGCGACUUCCCUUGGAAGAAUCGCGUCCCUUCACGCGUGUCCGCCCCCAAAAGACGACAUUCAGAGACAACGGUGGCCGAAACAAUUGUUAACAUCACAACGCCUAUCACUACACUUUAUGAUAUCCCGAAUCAAACCAUAUAUGCUGGGCUUUGCUUGAGUAACUGUUUGUUUCUUCCCGAGUUUGGCUAGGGCUGGCACAAUGGACACCUCGAUGGGCGGCACCUCAAUGUCCCCGCGAUCAUUGAAACGGCAACAUGAAGAUAGUCCUACCAAUGUAACAUCAGCGCCUCUCAAGAUGUCACCCGAACAACACCUCCCACCUUCUGUAGCACAUCACCUUAUCCGAGAGUCGAGUCCAGCGAGGAGCGACACCGAGUCAGUAAUCUCGGAAGCCCCGUCACGAACCCCGAGCCUUGGACCGAAUUCACCCCUUCUCAAGCCGGCGAACGCCUUUUCCAUGAUGAGCAGCGGGGGCCAACCGCCGAAGAAGAAGCCGAAGCUUACGUUCGCGGAGCAAGAACACAAGAAGAUUCUCAAGGAGAUCAGGGACCGCGAGAAGGCGGACGAGCGUGCGAGGAAGGAGGCAGAGAAGCGGGAUAAGGAGCAUGAUAAGGCGAGGAGGGAUGCGGAAAAGGAGGCUGAACGACAAAAGAGAGAGGCUGAGAAAGAAGAGAAAAGGCUUGUUAAGGAGGCAGAGAAGCUGGUGAAGGACGCGGAGCGGGCGGAGAAGGAGAAGGAGAGGAAGGCCAAGGAGGAGGAGAAGAGGAAAAAGGAAGAGGAGAAGCAAAGGCUGGAAGAGGAGAAGAAAAAGAAGGAGAGGAGCCAGAAGAAGCUCAAUUCUUUUUUCACAUUACAACCCGCCAAGAAGCCAGAGAAGGACGUGAGCCCAGAGCCCGGGAACGCGGCAGGUCCGGCACCAGACGAUAAAUCACCAAAUAAGCGCAGCGAGAUUUCGGAUUACGACAAGGCGUUCCCGGCGUUCUUUGUACAAAACAGUGUCACUCUAGCUCCUAUACUACGGUUUGAGCGGGACGAGUUUGCCACACAGACAUUAGAAAACGAGCUAGACGCCUGUCUCAGCGGAUCAAAAGCCUCAGAACGCCCGCCGAAACUCGAUGCCACCAAAGCCUUCAACAUACCCCACAACUGCUUCACCCGCCGCGGCAGGCGCUGCGUGCCCGUCAAGCAAAUCAUGUCGCACCUCCUCGGCGGCUCCUCACGACCCAUCGACCUCACAACCGACUCCCAAAACGCACAAAUCAAGAACACCCGAACCUCCCUCCGGGCCAUCCCCUACAAGAUCCUCAAAUUCGCCGAGGACGUGCGGCCGCCGUACAUCGGGACGUAUACCAAGCAGCCCGUGUCGGGCGCAGCAAGGCUGGCUAGGAAUCCGAUUAAGCGCGACCUUCCGGGAGUGGAUUAUGAUUAUGAUUCUGAGGCGGAGUGGGAGGAGCCGGGGGAGGAUGAGGAGGAUCUUGGGUCGGAAGGAGAGGAUGACGAUGAUGCGGAUGGAGAGGAGGAUCUGGAUGGUUUCCUGGAUGACGCUGAUGACGAGAUCGCCAAUGCAAGGAAACUCGUCAUGCUCGGUGAUUUAGAACCGAAGAGCACUGGGCUCUGCUGGGAGGAUGAGCAAGGCCGGUAUCCGAAUAUCGAGAUGCGAGGGUUUGCGUUGGAGGUUAUUCAUGAAAAUAUCAAAGUCCAAACCCCCAUCGACCCCUUCGCAACACACUACUGGGCACCCCCCGCCCCACCACCCUCCAUGCAACCCCCCCGCCUCCCCCUAAACCCCAUGAAAGGGACAAGCGCGCACGUCAACGGCCCCUCCGCCAAGACGGUCAAGAUGUUCGGCCUCAUCGCGCCUAGCACCAGCAAAUCCUCUUCCGCGACCUCCUCGUCUGGCGGCAAGUCCGGAGGAGCAGGGACGAAGAAACUAGUCGCCCCUGACGAGAUGGCGGCGUUUAAACUGGCGGUGCAGGGGAGCGAGUUGAUUCCCGAAGAGCUCGAAGGGGUGUAUUAA